GUGUGUGUGUGUGUGUGUGUGCGCGCAGUGAGACUCAUUCAGUGCUGCCGGAUGUUGUGUUUCAUUGUUUCUGAAAAUACGUGUGUGUGUGUGACAUCUAAGAUAUCAAGGGAAAGAAAUCCAGCGUUUGCUUCAGUCAGCAUGUCUCUUCUGUCGCUCCUGCGUUCUCCACGUUUGUCCUUCAUCCAGACGCUGCUGUCUCUGCUAUUGUCGUUGGUUUCUCUCUCGUCCUCGUACUGGUGCGUGGGUCGGCAGAAGGUCCCGAAGCCGCUGUGCUCCCCGUCCCGCCGGCUCAAGUGCACUCCGGUGCACGGCAUGUCGGACGGCUCCUUCUCUUGGGAGACGGGCGACGAUCGCUUCAUCUUCCCCUCGUUCCACGCGGGGCUCUGGACGACCUGCGAGGAGAACAUAUACACCGACGCCUGGGAGGAGAAGUGUCGCAGUUUCAUGGCUCUCACACCUGCAUCAGAAAAAGGGAUCGUGUGGCUGUAUGUCGGGAUGGAGCUGCUGUACAUCAGUCUGUUGUGUGUCAGUUCUCUGCUCUUGUUGCUGCAGUUGUGUCUGUUGUCCUGGUUUCCUCCACAGCAGCGCUGGGGUCAGUUACUGAACGCCUUCGCCGCCGUCUGCACUGUUCUAGGAGGGUUGGUCGGGAUGGUCGCUCACAUGAUGUAUAUGCAGGUUUUCCAGGUCACGAUCUCUCUCGGCCCUGAGGACUUUAAACCUCACAGUUACGGCUACUCGUGGGCCUUUUAUGUGGCGUGGAUCGCCUUCACCUGCUGCAUGUCGUCCGGCGUGUCCACGCUCAACAAUUACACCAAGAAGUUUCUGAUGGUGGGACCCAAAAACAGGAGCGUGUUUUACCCCUGCAGAAACUUCACCUUUCCUCCGCAGCCUCCUCUGCUCUCGCCUCUGUCUCCGUACUUGUCCCCUCCGCUCCCGCCGCCUCCUCCUCGGCCCGCCCCUCUAUCCCCAUGCCCCGCCCCUCUCUCACCCUGCCCAAGCUCUCUUUCGCCAUGCCCCACCCCCGCCUCCCACAGCCCCGCCCCUCUCUCGCCCUCGCGCGCUCUCCUCGACCCGGCCGCGUCUCCUCCCGUCGCUCUGGUUCUGUCUCGGCUGAGCUUUGCGUCUCAGUGUUCAGACGAGGAGUUCAGCCCGCUCUGA